AUGACCCGCCGGCUGAGCAGCUCCACCCGUUCCCACACAGAGGACUCCAUCUUCCUAAGGCCCGACGAGGACCCCGUCUGGCUGGAUGAGCCCACAAAGACUGAGAAAAUAGGUGACGGAGCCCCUAAAAAAGAUGGACUCCCAGAAUGCAAAGACGGACCCGUGGGGGGCCAGAGCCCACAGGGAGAGGAAGUGUUUAUGCACAAGGUGUACGCACUGGUGAUUGAGAUCCACUGCUGGGCCGCACUGUUUGUCAUCUCCCAAGUCACGGGGUACUGGGUGUUUUUUGUGAUGGAAGGAAACGGACCACUCUCCUCCAUCUACAAAGCUGUGCAGGUCAUCGACUUCUACCUUGGCUUCAUCUUACCCUGCCACCCGAUCUUUGGAAUGGACUCCAUGGUGCUGAUGAGGGAGGUGGUAAACACCAAACAGCACAACUGGAUCGUCCAGGGCACUGCAGGCAUCGGUGUGGCCAUCUGUGUUAUCAUGGUCGUCCAUAUGGUGUGUAAGUGGCGUUAUGGCACCGGCUUGUGGUCAUCAGGAACAGUAUCGAGGGACAUUGGUGAUCGGCGUCAGUCAGUGAGUCGCCAGCCCUCCUUCACCCUGUCAGAGUGGACAGACGCUCAGGAGGAUCUGCUGGACCUGGACCCUGUGCCACAGACGCCGGUCUUUGACAUGGGCACUGACACCAGGACGGAGGGAGACGCCGCCACCCUCACUGUCACACCUGUGGGGCUUCAGGAGAGGAGGGGCUCCAACGUUUCCCUGACCUUGGACAUGUGUACACCAGGCUGCACUGAGCCCUAUGGCUACGGAGCCCAGCUCUCGCCGAGAGACCAGUCGGCCCAAGAGUACCUCAGACAGGGAACACACAUCCUGACCCCUGCCAGGCUACACACACGGGCCAUGGAUGACCAGAGCCUCCAGGCUGAGUUUUAUGAAACUCCCAUGAACUUUGUAGACCCUAAGGAGUACAACUACCCAGGGCUGGUGAGAAAGAAUCGCUACAAAACCAUCUUACCCAAUACGCACAGCAGAGUGAUCUUGAAGUCACUGGAUGAGGAUGAUUUCCUGUCUACCUACAUCAAUGCUAAUUAUCUCAAAGGUUAUGGGGGUGAAGAGAAUGCAUACAUUGCCACCCAGGGUCCCACUGUGAACACAGUGGGGGAUUUCUGGAGGAUGGUGUGGCAGGAGAGAAGCCCAAUCAUAGUGAUGAUCACCAACCUGGAGGAGAAAAACGAGAAAUGUGCAGAGUACUGGCCUGAGGACACUGUGACCCAUGAGGGCAUCAAGAUCACCGUUGUCACAGUAACCCAGGAGGAUGACUACAGUCUGAGGGUGUUUAAGCUGAAGUAUGGGGAAGAGGAGCGCAGUCUGCGGCAGUACUGGUACACCUCGUGGCCUGAUCAGAAGACCCCAGACAAGGCUCCACCCCUGCUGGAACUUGUACAGGAAGUGGAGAGGGCCCGAGAGCAAGCCGCCCGAGAGCAAGCCCCGCCCUCCAGCGGUCCUACAAUUGUCCACUGCAGUGCUGGAAUUGGUCGAACUGGCUGCUUCAUCGCCACCUCCAUCCUGUGCAAGCAGCUGAGGACCGAGGGUGUGGUUGACAUCCUGAGAACCACCUGCCAGCUCCGUCUGGACAGGGGUGGGAUGAUCCAGACGUGCGAGCAGUACCAGUUUGUGCAUCAUGUCCUCAGCCUGUAUGAGAAGCAGCUGUCUCACACUGCUGAGGAGUAG